CGCGUGUUGGAUGUAGGAACCGGCACCGGUAUCUGGGCCAUUGACUUUGCCGACCAGUUCCCCUCGGCCCAAGUGAUCGGCACCGAUAUCUCCCCUAUCCAACCUUCUUGGAUCCCUCCAAACUGCGAAUUCCACAUCGAUGACGCCCAGCUUGAUUGGACCUGGCCAACUGAUCACUUUGACUACAUCCACGUCCGCGACCUCUACGGUAGCAUCAAUGACUGGUCCGCUCUUUACGCCAAGGCUUUCCGCCACCUCAAGCCAGGAGGUUGGUUUGAGGACCUUGAACUCGACAUCCGUGCCCAUUCGGAUGUAGUGACAGACCCUGAGCACAUUUAUCACCGCUGGAAUGCCGUGUUCCAAGAGGCAGGUGAAAAGAUGGGCAAGACGUUCAAGAUUGCCAUCGGGUCACGAAUGAGAGAUCUCAUGGACGAGACCGGCUUCGUGGAAGUUACGGAGCGCAAGUUUAGGCUUCCAAUGAGUGCGUGGGCGUCUGAUCCGAAGCUGAAAGAGAUUGGGUCAUUUGUGCAGAUGUUCGUUGACGGUGGAUUGGAGGGCUUCGGGCUAUUCCUGUUGACGCAGGUGAUGGGGUGGCCGUAUGAUAAGUGUCAGGUGUUUAUUGCCGAGAUGAGGCAGGCUUUGAGGAAUAAGAAACUGAACCCUUAUUAUGAGGUGACUUUGGUUUACGGAAGGAAGCCAGAGGAAGCAACUACUACUCAAUCCUAG